AUGUCGCAGUCCUCUGGCAGUCGACAUCACUCCUCAUCCCUCAAAGUCGCCAUGCGCCCUCUACAGUCCUCCUUCUUCGCCGGCGAAGACUUUCUCUGUCAAAUCACCUUCACCAAUACCAACCAACGUCUUGCCCACACCCAGCCUCUUCUUCAAGGCGAGUUGCCAUCAGCAGCCGGCUCCUCACUACAAGCUUCUCCUGGUCGCCCUUCUUUCGAUGAUAAGGCGGCUAGGAGAGUUGUUUCGUCCAUACCUACCCAUUCCAAAUCUCGCAGUGUAGACAUCCGAGCUCUAGGGCGAGGCAAUCAUUCCUGGGGUUCCUCUUCCAAUCUCCCCGCCUCAGCACGGUCAGGGGAAGCAUCGAGGCAUCUGGAUGGCCAUGUGCUGCCUGAGAGAAGGAACUUGAUUGGAAUGAGUAUGCCUUUGCCUUCUACGACGCACUUUGUUCAUCCCUGGUCUGUUUCAGGAGGCGGGGCAGGUUCGCAUCGCUCCACGCAGUCUGUCUCCUUGACUUCUUCGCAAAGGCCAAGGCCGAAUUUGGGGCUCGGUCGACCAACUCUGCCCGCCUCUGCUGCUACUCCGACCAAGCUACCGGCUGCCGACUCGAACCGGUUCUCCCCUAACCCUCCCUCGAGGAUAUCCUCCCUCCCAGGUCUCAACACCAAGAGGACACCUUCUGCUAUGAUCUCACCAAACCACUCCCACUCGCGCAAGAAAUCAGUAGCUCAAGUACAAGCACAAGACCUCACAGAAGCCUUUCAACUCGAUUCUCUCGAUUCAAACCUUGCCUCGGCUAUCCCAACUGCUGCUACUCCAACUUCAUGGCUCAGUCACCAACCCGACCCCAACACAUCCUUCUACAGCCUGGGAAGGAACGAUACAAUGGAGAGCGUCUUUCGAGAGUCUGUCACCGAUUGGUCCCACUCGAAGCGUCGAUCUUCUCCUUCCACCACCACGGGUCAGGGCGUGAAAAGGGCGAUCUACCCACCAUCGGACAUGUUGUCGCCUGGAACCGAGAAGGUUUUAUGGUCAUUCGCACAAUUAGCAGGGACGAUAGAGAUAGAUGAAAGCCUCAUCAAACCCGGUGACUUUGAGAAUUUGAAAAGGAGGUUGGCCUAUGGUGAUUUGACCGGUGCAAAUGCAACUCCGCAUUCUCUACCGGGUACACCCAGGACCUUGGGUGGUGGAGAUCUCGCACAGACCUCGGAUGCGGAUGAGCAGGGAGCAGGUGGCUCCAAAUGGAGCAGUAUUCUCCGCAGUCCCUUUGGUGGCAGUAGGCUUCAGUCGCAUAGCAGAACAGGAUCGACAUUGCAAGACGCACAAGAGAGAACAAUGCAGAGUCGUAGCGUACCCACUUUUUCCACCCCUCCCAGCAUUGUUGCCGUCGAUUUGCUCUUGGCUCCGGGGGAAAGCAAGAGGUUUCAGUUUAGGUUGAGGUUGCCUGUGGAUUUGCCCCCUUCGUAUAGCGGGAAAGCGAUAAGGAUCAAGUACGUGCUCAGUCUGGGAACCAAUCGCUUGCGGAUGCCACAAGGGCGGAAGGAGGGGAGGUUGAUUUCCAUUCCGAUUAGAGUGUAUGGUUAUGUAGGGGCGAGUGGGUUUAGGCCUUUUUACGAUUUGAUGAAUCCGGUGAUUCAGACAAAGGAAGAGGCUGUGGUGGAGGUCGUUGGCGAUGAUGACAAGACUCCAGCGGCGGUCUUGUCAGGACAGGGUGGGAGAAAGGCAAAUGCGACAACUCAGAUCCAAAAGAAGGAUCUGCAAGAGUACACAAAGCAAUUACUCAAGAGUAAAGCUUCAGAUGACACACCUACACCCGAGUUGCGCAUCUCCACCAUACAAGCCUGCAACAACCACAACAGUAGCAAUUCGUGCAAAGCUGCAGUAGAAGCCUUAGCGCGAACGGCAACCAAGGUCUCUUACGAUAUUUCAAAGGAUGGAAAAGUAGCAGCUGUCCUAACGCUCGUCCGGUCUCGUUAUCGGCUGGGAGAAACGAUCACGGGGGUUAUCAACAUUAAUAACUCUCAGUCUCUCGCUCGCAUAGCUCGGAUGUCUGCGGUACUGGAAACGUUGGAAGAAAUUCAACCCUCGAUUGCUACUCUCCCAGCUGGACCGUCGCAGAGAGCAACAAGGAUCGUUCACGCAGAACACCACGAAAGCGUUCUCGACAAGGGCCGUGCAGCUUUCGACCUUUCAAUCCCUUCCAGCGCAUCGCCCGAAUUCGUGACUAGUGGAGUAAAACUCAUCUGGCUCGUCCGACUAUCCUUCCUAACCAUCUCGGCAACCAAAACUCUAGCAAAAGCAAAGCAAGCGCAAGGCGCAACACAGAAACUGCAACAAAGCAAUCUACUUCCCCCUCCACACCUCGUCCCUAGCCCAACAGACGGGUUUGCAAAAUACCAUAUCAACCUCACAGCUCUAGACAGUCUAGCAGGUCCAGCAACACACUAUAUCAACAACCAAGCAGCAACCCUACUAACUACGAUCGGCAUGGCACGAGAAACAAAGCUGGAAACAGUGGAGUGUGCUAUUCCCAUUUCGGUGUUAGCGAACAGUACGACUUUCAAGAUUGGCGAUGCUCUCUUUUUCGCCUAA